UCCUUCAGCAGAAUCCCUGCGCGCGAUAACGCGUCAGAAUCAACCAAAAGAAUCUUUAAUAUUUCCAAUGAAUUGUACGUCUGAAAGCUGAUGAAUUGCACGGGAGAUUGAUCCUUUUUGGGAUCGCGGAUUCAUAUAUUGGUGGAGACGGGCGUGUUUGAGAUUUAAAGAUCCACUGGAGUAGCUGUUUGCUUUAAGGUUUUGAACCAUGGCGAAGAACAACAGCCUCCAUCCGAACAGCAAUGGAGAGAUUGACGACUCCCCAAACAUGUUGGUUUACAGAAAGAUGGAGGAUGUUAUUGCCAGGAUGCAAGAUGAAAAAUAUGGCAUACCUAUUCGUACAGUGAAGAGUUUCCUAUCCAAGAUUCCCAGUGUCUUCUCUGGUUCAGACAUUGUCCAGUGGCUGCUGAAGAAUCUAGGUAUCGAAGACCAAGUUGAGGCUCUUCAUGUGGGCACAUUGAUGGCAGCUCAUGGCUAUUUCUUCCCCAUCUCUGACCAUGUGCUUACUCUUAAAGACGAUGGCACAUUCUACAGAUUUCAGACGCCGUAUUUCUGGCCUUCAAAUUGCUGGGAGCCUGAGAACACUGACUACGCUGUGUACUUGUGCAAAAGAACAAUGCAGAACAAAGCACGUCUGGAACUGGCUGAUUAUGAAGCUGAGAGUUUAGCACGACUACAGCGGGCGUUCGCAAGAAAAUGGGAGUUCAUAUUUAUGCAAGCAGAGGCUCAAGCAAAAGUUGAUAAGAAAAGAGACAAAAUUGAGAGGAAAAUACUGGACAGUCAAGAGAGAGCUUUCUGGGAUGUGCACAGACCAGUGCCAGGGUGUGUGAACACAACAGAAGUGGACAUAAAAAAAUCAUCCAGAAUGAAGAACCCUCACAAAACAAGAAAGUCUGUAUAUGGCCUUCAGAAUGACAUUCGCAGCCAUAGCCCCACCCACACGCCAGCCCCUGAGGCCAAGCAACCAACCGAGGAAGAGCUUCAAGAACAGAUCAAGUUUGGUCAACUACAGUUAGACAGACAUCGAUUGAAAAUGUCCAAAGUUGCAGAGAGUUUGCUGAGUUAUACUGAACAAUAUUCAGACUACGACCCCUUCCUGUCCACUCCUGACCCAUCUAACCCUUGGAUAUCAGAUGACACAACGUUCUGGGAGCUGGAGGCCAGUAAGGAACCCGGUCAAACUAGAGUUAGACGCUGGGGUUUUGGAAUCAAUGAGGUCUUGAAAGAUCCUGUUGGGAGGGAGCAGUUCCUCAAGUUCCUGGAGUCUGAAUUCAGUUCUGAAAACCUCAGGUUCUGGUUGGCAGUGCAGGAGUUAAAAAGGAGGCCGAUAAGAGAGGUGCCAACACGGGUGCAGGAGAUCUGGGAGGAGUUUUUGGCUCCUGGAGCCCCCAGUGCCAUCAACGUGGACUCAAAGAGCUAUGGCAAAACCACACAGAACAUCAAAGACCCAGGACGAUACGCUUUUGAGGAUGCCCAGGAGCACAUCUACAAGCUAAUGAAGAGCGACUCUUACAGUCGUUUCAUUAGAUCCAGUGCCUACCAGGAGCUUCUGCAGGCAAAAAAAAAGAAAAGUAAGAACUUGUUUUGAAAGAAGGCAAUACUUCCAGGGUAAAUCUCUGAUAUCUAAGAGGCUGUCUGCUGUCGUCCAAUCUUGCUGAGCCUCAAAACAAUCCACUGAGGAUGAGGAUGCUGUCAUUUUCAUCUCUGUCUUUUGAUUCGUCCAGACCCCAGAUACCCUGGAAAACGGACCGAAUCCCAUGCAUGUCCAAGAGACUGAAUUUUUACGUCAGUUUCUACUUGCUACCUGCUAGUUUCAGUCUGUCAGACAGUUAGACAUUAUGGACUUCUAAUAUUUGAGAAACGCAGCAAUGUCUUUCAAAAGAGGAAAAUGAUGUUCAAGUCUUAUUUCCUCUUCUGUCUGUCAGGACUCUGUUUCCAGUUGUAGACUGAUCUAAAUGAUGUCAAAAAUCUUAUAUCACAAAUAUAACAGCAUAGGCACAUUGUGUAAAAUGAGGAAUCUUUAGACAUAGAGAUGAUCUCUUCCUACUCACCUUUCAUCUCUUUUGCAUUGAUUUUAUUGCACUAUAAAGGGUUUAGCACACACAUGCUUUAAUCGCACCUGUAAAGUCGCAUGGGAUAUAUCUGAAAGCGACUGGCCGUGUCUCGUCAGUUCUUGUUUUUUGUUUCCCUCUCUGUUUAUUUUUUUUUAUACCAUCUGUAAACACACUUUUACUUGAAGAUGUAUUAAAGACAGUCCUUUAUCUGAAAGUCAUACAAAGGUUUCUCAUUCACCAUGCCAAAUGUUAAUCUGUAAAAGGCUUCAUCCGGUCUGAGCUGUGACGCAGCAGUUGCGCACUUGUUUUUGACACGUUAAAAGCUGUAGUGCUCCCGCAGGAAACACGUUUAAAUCUGGAAUGUGUCAUGUCCUGAUCCAAUCCCCAUUUUCUUUCCUCUAUAAUUUCCUGUCAUUAUUUCCUGUCCAAAAAUGUUACUCUGAUAUUUUGCUGCCGAGAAAUCAUAUAGCUUUGUAUGAAUUUGUUACAUGUUUUGUGUGCUUUUAUAUACUUUAAUAGCUUGUAAUUGUAAUGUACAUAUGUAUGUGUGUAUUUAUAUUUCAUCUCAAUAUCAAUCUUAACUACCAACCAACCAGCUUGAACAAAUAGGAAGUUGACAUGACAUUUCAAACAGUGACAGCAGUGUCCUGCCAUGUGACAUGGCAUUCUUCAUCUAAAACUAUUUCAAACCUUUUAUUCUAAUUCUCAUAUAAUUUUUAUACUUGCAGUUUUUAUGAUUUUGUAUUAAUUGUGAGACUAUGUGACCAUUUAAAAAGACAAAGCGGCAAAUGAAAUUAUUGAAAUGGUGACCAGUUACAGUGCCUAAAAUAUGAAUUUUCUGUUAUUUAUUCAUCUGAAUUUGAAUCUAAAAUAUUCAUACUGACAAAAAAGUUAAUCAUCUACCCAAGAUUUCACAAGUGUGUUGCUGUUGCAUUUUUAACCACUAGAGAGCAAUGACUCCAUCCACCAGGUUCCUCUGAGAGUUACUGUACCAUCAUGGCUUUGAGUGUGCAGUAUAAGCACAAAUCUUUAGAUCCAAACCAUCCAACAUUAAUAAUAAGCUCUGGAUAGAACAAUUUCCAGCUAUCAAGUAUAUGACAAAUUUCACAUGACAUUUAACUACUUUAGCUUCUUUGGAACCUCAUUAGAAGCACCAGGACCACCACAAUAUAUGUAUGGUCAGUGAAAUAUCUUAUUGGGUGUGUACAAAUAUGUUGUUUACAUUUGUUAUUCAGAACAUUCUAUGUGUGUGUAUGUGUGUUUGACAGAGAAAAGGAACAAGAGAGGGAUGUUAUUCUUAUUGCGGUCAAAUGGAGACGAGUUUAUAACCCCACAAACAACAGAAUAGGAGGACAAAUGACAGAAUAAGAAAAGAAAACAUAAAAUGAACUGCCAGUUCUGUGUAACAACAUAAACCAAAUAAAGAUUUAUGUGCAUAGUGAAAGAUGAAUUAUUUUGACAAAGCCUUUGUCUUUUUAGGCCACAUUACACAGUUGCUUUGUCUUGCCUUGAUGUGCUGUCAAAACUUGUUUAUAAACCAUUUGGCAUUUAGAAAAGACACUUACGAAAAACCUUUAGGCGGCACCUCGAUAAAGCCACAGCGAAAAUCUCAAAAUGUUCCAGAAACCAAGCCCGCAAUUGUUUUGAUCAAGCCAAUAUACAUUUAUACUGUAUAUAAAAUAAUAUGGAUAAAAAAAAAUUUAAAUCUUUUUUUUUUAAAUCCUAAUUAGUAUUUUGUCUUGUUUUCCAGAAAAUUAUAAUAAACAUCAAAACAAAUUUACAUAAGCAAAAUGUACUUAUUUUGCAAUGAUUUAGUGUUGUUUUUUUGUUUUUUGUUUA